AUGGCAAAAUAUACCAUAGUUUUAGUUCGUCACGGUGAAAGUGAAUGGAAUCAAAAAAAUUUAUUUUGUGGUUGGUAUGAUGCAGAUUUAUCUGAUAAAGGUGUUGAAGAAGCUAAAAAAGCUGGCAAAUGGUUAAAAGAAAGAAAAAUUACAUUUGAUAUAGCAUAUACAUCGGUAUUAAAACGAGCAAUAAAAACACUUUAUUUAAUUCAAGAAGAAUUAGAUCUUCAUUGGAUUCCUGUUUAUCGUCAUUGGCGUCUUAAUGAACGUAUGUAUGGAGCUUUACAAGGUAAAAAUAAAGCUGAAACAGCAGCUAAAUAUGGUGAAGAUCAAGUCAAAAUUUGGCGUCGUGCUUAUGAUAUUCCACCACCAGAACUUGAAGAAUCAAGUGAAUAUAAUCCACGAAAUGAUCCAAAAUUUCAAACUCUUGAUAGACGUGUAUUACCAUUAACUGAAUGUUUAAAGAAUACAGUUGAACGUGCAUUACCUUAUUGGCAUGAUAAUAUUGUACCAUCGAUACGUUCAGGUAAAAAAGUACUUAUCUGUGCUCAUGGUAAUUCACUUCGAGCAUUGGUUAAAUAUCUUGAUAAAGUACCUGAUGAAGAAAUUGUUGAACUUAAUAUACCAACAGGCAUUCCAUUAGUUUAUGAAUUAGAUGAAGAUUUAAAUCCAAUAAAACAUUAUUAUGUUGCACCCGAUGAUGUUGUUAAAAAAGCUAUCGAUGAUGUUGCUAAUCAAGGAAAAGCAAAGAAAUAA